GGCUGGCAUGCUGCAGCCGCGGCCGCCUGGGUGGCAUGGCGACCUGGAAACGGGACAGCCGGCUGACGGCGCUGCAGAGGUUCGGCUGCGCCGGGGUGGCCGGGGCCGUGAGCCUGAGCGCCACGGCGCCGCUGGAGGUGCUCACCGUCCUGUCCCAGGUCGGGACGCGCCACUCUCGGGCGGGGCUCUGGCGGACGGGGCGCAGCCUGUGCCGGGCCGAAGGCAUCGGGGCCCUUUGGAAGGGCAACCUCACUGCCUGCUGGCGUCUCUUUCCCUACACCGUCCUGCAACUCGCCUCCUACCGCAGGUUUGUCAUGCUGUUUGUGGAUGACGUGGGCCACAUCUCCCAGUGGAGCUCGAUUGUGGCAGGUGGCCUGGCUGGAAUGGUGGCAGCUGUUGCAACUUAUCCAACUGAGGUCAUAAAAACACGGCUCAUUGUGCAGGACCGAUUGAAGCCUUCCUACAAAGGAAUUCUUCAUGCUCUGUACCUGAUUUACCAUCAGGAGGGAGUUGUUGCACUUUAUCGUGGAGUUUCUCUGUCUGUAUUAGGAGCGAUUCCAUUUUCCGUUGGCUCCUUCCUUGUUUACACUCAUCUGGAUAAAAUCUGGGGUGAGCCCAGCCUCCGUUUCACUCCAUUACAAAACUUCAUCAACGGUUGCUUGGCAGCUGGCGUUGCACAGACUCUUUCUUUCCCCUUUGAAACUGUCAAGAGAAAAAUGCAGGCCCAGAGUCCUUGCCUUCCCCACCAUGGAGGUGUAGAUGUCCAUUUUGCUGGCUUGAUCGACUGUUUUAAGCAGACGGUAAAGACUAAGGGAGUGCUUGCCCUUUGGAAUGGGCUCACUGCUAACUUGCUCAGGGUUGUCCCUUAUUUUGGGGUUAUGUUGAGCACUUUUGAGUUCUGCAAACGGGUCUGCCUCUAUCAAAAUGGUUACAUUGAUUCGCCUUUGAGCUACAAGCUAACACCAGGCGUGGACCAGAGUUUACAACCCCGAGAGCUGCAAGAAUUAAAACUUCUUGGAAGAAAAAAUGUUUAAGUCCAGAAAAGCAUUCUCUGGAGCUUUGGA